UGUGUGUCUGUUCCAGCUGUAACUGCUCAACGGUUGCAAUGCGACGAAAACUAACAGCUUCUAUAGGCUUCUAGCCACGUUCUCUUGGAUUUUGAUUCGUGGAUUAGCAAACUAAAGCUUCUUUCUCGAGUUAUGGCUAGUUUGACUCACAUUGAAGGCUGUUGCAGUCUCUUCAGAAUCUUUCAUAGCAUCAUCUGUCCGCACAAACUUUCUAUUCAACAUAUGAGUUAGCCUUGCACUAAAGCGCUAGCUUUUUGUUAGCUACAAGACUCAGAAAAUACCUGUUAAAACAGCUAGCUAGCAGUAGCCAUUUGUGAAAUUGAUCUCUUUGGACACACCCUUUAAUUAUUCCUAUGGAUGUAAUGCGCAUGCGCGCUCAUUCCCCAGAUCCAGAUCCUCCUGGCAGAAUCAUAUUUUUCUUGAGGGCCUGGUAAGCCACAAAACACUACUAUAGAUAACAAUAUGCAUGUACACAAGUCUUUUCUUCUUAAAUAUUAUAAUUAUACACUGCAUGAACUACAGAUCCAAUUUUCUUCUUUCUUGAGGUCCUGGUAUUAAAGCCACAUAAUACAACAAUAGAUGCAUGUAAUAAGUCUUUUCUUCUCAGUGACUUUAUAUAGAUAAGCUAACUUUAUGAAAUAAUUAUGCACUUCCGCUUAUAAUUAAUUGAAAACAAAAUCUUCUUCUUUGUUGCUUCCUAGAUCCUUGAGGUCCUGGUAUAAGCAGCCACAAAACACAACAAUGAUACCAUAAUUAUACAAUUGCAAGUCAGUUUUAGACAGAUUAUUUUAUACACUUUUUCCUCUUCUAUACUUUCUCUUCUAUACUUUUGAGCGAAAGCAAAUCAUGGCGAGAGGCAUUAGCACAGCGCCAGCUUGAACACUAGUUAUUAUCAGAUUGAUGUGUAGUCUACAAGUAAUUAACAUGUGUGUCCAUUGUACUGUAACAAGCUAUUAGACCAAUCAGAUUUAUAACUCUUACCUACUGACACCUGUCCCUCUAGUUCAGUUACUAAGACAACUAACUUGCUGUUUCUGAGCCAAGAUAAUAAUUAUGUAGCAGCUAGCUAGUCAGUGCUAGCUUGCGAAGUGAUGGAUAGUCGUAGAUCAAGUGCAGAAGACACCAAUGAAAUCGUGUGGAGCACAUUUAAACGAAUUGUUCUAUUCAUCUGGGAUGUGAUUGUGGUCGUUUCCACACUACCAUCAAUAUUUUUUGUCACUUUUCAAGCUUUCUACAAUGCUGGCAUUCAAUGGCAAUGGAUAAUUAUUUACAUUGCGGAUAUUGUGUAUAUUGUGUCCAUUGUCGUCACUUUCUUUCGGAGCUUCAUGAAAAAAGGAGUGAAAAUCACCAGCAAAAAGGAAAUAGCUCUCCACUACAUUCGUACCUCUCUCCUACCGGAUAUUGUUUCCGUUCUUCCACUAGAAUUGUUCUGUUUUGCAGCCAGUAAUGUUCUCUAUGCUGCUACACUGCUGAGGCUCAAUCGCUGCAUCAGAUGCUACAAACCCUGGGCCUUUCUAUCUAGCCGGGAGAAUCAGCCAGGUACGCGCACCAUGCUGCUGAUGACUCUUCGGUUCACCUAUCUUGCCAGUCUGUGUGCUCACAUUGUGGCUGGUGUGUGGUUCUCAGUGGCCUGUUACAGUGUGCAGUCGGACGCUGCCUACCAACUGGGAGCCAUCUGCAAACCCAACACUUGGAGCGUGGACUCAACAACCAAACACGGUAUCAGCUGGAACACUGCCUCUGAGUUUGAGAAGUACAUCAUUUCCCUGUACUGGUCUGUCACCACCAUUAGCAGUGUCGGCUAUGGAGACAUUGUGCCCGUGACUUCCCUAGAGAAAUGGAUAGCCACUGCGUGCAUGAUAUUGGGUGUGGUCUUGUUUGGCUACAUCCUGGGAGGACUAGCGUCUCUACUCACCAAUGCCGAUGCUCAAAGGUCAAGGUACAUCCAUCGUCUCAACACGAUCCGAGAUAAUCUGGACGAGACCAAGACCAGCCCCUUUCUCAAAAAGAAGGUCACUGAAUACUACGAAUAUCUGUGGCGGCGCAACAAAGGUAAUGCAGUAACUGAUCUCUUUGAUGAGCUCCCUCUGGUGCUCCAGGCUGAGCUCUCACUGGAAAGUUACAAGUCCAUGAUUGGGAAGUCCACCUUGUUCAAGGACGCACCUGAAGAGUUUAUGAGAAUGCUGUCACUGGUUGUCAAGCACACCCUCUAUCUACCACAACAGGUGAUCCUGAACAAGGGUGACAUGGGACACCACAUGUACUUUGUUCAGACAGGGGUGGUUGAGAUACUCCCUGAUGAGAAUGCUCCACCAGUAGCCGUCUUUAAAGAAGGAGACAUCUUUGGAGAGAGGAACCUGGUGUACAGUGUUCCCACAUGUGCUCUGGUGAGGGCAAGAACCCACUGCGAUAUACUCAAGCUGUCAAAGACUGAUGUACAGCAAGUUCUACAGCACUUCCCUGAAAUCAGUGACAAGAUGAAAGCUGAGAUCAAGCGUCGUUGUGAUACUGCCUUCUCCCCUGUAGAAGAGCAAAGGAGCGUGACUUCCCUAAUAUCCCUAGGCGUGGACAGUUGUUUCAGACUGAGACACGACAAUGGAGAACAAAGUUGCUUCGGCAAGAUUAAAAAGUGGUGGAUGUCACACCCUGUGAUGCCUGGGGCAACUUUCACCAUUGCCUGGGACAUUGUAGUUGUCAUAGUAACCAUCAUCAUCAGCUUGGUCUACUCCUAUCUGGCUGCAUUCACCCAUUUCAAGCCAUCAGUGAGCUACACAGCUGGUCCAGUGGUGGGGAGUGCCAUGCUUGCACUUACCUAUCUCCUUGACCUUGUGCUGGUGGCUGACAUUGUGGUCUCCACCAAGAGGGCAGUGCAGACACCAACAGAGGUAAUCAUAGACCAGAAGACAGCCUUCCUCUCUUACAUCAAGUCUCUUGGAUUUUAUCUUGACCUCCUCUCAGUGUUACCACUGGAGGUUUUCGCCCUUCUCUGGCUACCCAGUGGAGAACAGAUCAGAUAUGUGGCUGUGUUUAGGAUCAACAGAUUGCUCAAACUGUGGAAGGUGAUGAAGUUCUUCCAUCAGAUUGAGAGCUCUCUCUACAUCUCCAUCUCUCAAGCAAUGGUGAUCAAGUUCACAGUGUACAUCGUGACUGCCACUCACCUCAGCUCAUGCCUCUGGUUCAUCAGCGCAUGCUUCUAUCAGGAAAGUUGCACUAGUGGUAGUUGGGCCACCUCCAAUUCCAUCUCCCCCACAACCACGCCCCUACACGACUACCUCAUCUCUAUCUACUGGGCCGCAGCAACCACGACAACCGUUGGAUACGGAGACGUACGGGCUCACAAUGUCUCGGAGAUGAUACUUGCUCUGGUGGUUCAGAUGGUGGGUGUGCUACUGUAUGGCUACUUUCUGGGAGCCAUAGCAGCCGCCCUUACAAAUGUCGCCAGUCCAAGAGUGUCCUUCCAGGAGAAGAUCCAGGUUGUCCAUCAAUUCAUGUUUGACCACAAGCUGAGUCCAGGGCUCAUCACGAGGGUCAACCACUACUUCACUCUCCUCUGGGGACAAUACAAAGGCGAGACUGUCCCAGGAGGAGAGAGUCUCAUGCACGACAUGCCCCAGAGUGUGUGUGAGGAUGUGAGCAUGGAAGAAUGCUCCAUCCUACUCAACAACAUCCCAGUGUUCAAGCUUGCUGACCACAACUUCCUGCGUCAGGUCUCACUGGCCAUGUCUACCUACGUGUUUGCCCCCGGGGAUAUUGUACUCUAUAAUGGUGACAUGGGAAGAGAGAUGUACUGCGUGCAGAGGGGAUAUGUUGAGAUUCUUGCUGAAGAUCUCAGUCAAGUGGUAAAAGUCCUCGGUCCUGGCAGCUACUUUGGAGAGCUUGGUUUCCUAUUUGGUGGUGUCCCUCGCACUGCGACUGUGAGAGCAGCCACUCACUGCAAACUCAUGAUGCUCAACAGGAUUGAUGUGGACACCAUCCUACAAAACUUCCCUCUCAUUGAAAAACAGUUCAGGGAGCUGGCUGCAGACAAGGAACAUUUCCGGAUCACUCAAGAGGCUAUAGUGGAGGCCAGUACCAGAGCAAUGAGGAAUCCAAGGGUAUUUACCAAACCCUGUACCACGACAGCCCUCGCUGUAGCAAUGGCAACUCCUCUGUCUGUCAUUGUACGCUCCUCCUUAGCAGCCACCAUUGCAGCCUGUGUGGGAUGCAGGGAUUAUCAGAGCAAGCUGUCCGCUCCUAUCAGCAUUGGCGAGACGUUUGAAGGCACAGUGAUCAAGUAUGAUCGCAAAGAGUACAAUAGGCUCUUGCAUGCUGACCAGGAGUCCACUUCCCCGAAGUCCACUGUCAGACAAAGAGAGAGGGGACAGAAUCAGGUGAUCACCCUGUCUAGUAUCAGUGUGGUGGAGGAGGAGGUGGUGGAGGAGGAGCACAGGGAACCUGGUUGUCCACACAGAUGUGCUGGCUGUUUUGAAAAGAUCUUCUCCUUCUUUCUGCUACCGUACACUGUGAUACCUACGACUCGUUUUGGUCAAGUUUGGGAGAGUCUUGGUUUCGUGUUUGCUCUAGUGUCAGUGAUCACAGUCUCCAUUCAAGCUGCCUUCUUGCACCGUGAAGCUGCUUUUUGGGCCAUUAACUACCUCUUGGACAUCUUCUUCUAUGCAGACAUGAUAUUGAAGCUGCACACAGCCUACUACACUAAUGAGGGUGUGCUCAUCACACAACCUAUCACUUGUGCACUGCACUACAUCAGGACUAACUUCUUUCUGGAUAUCAUCAGUUCCUUCCCCAUUGACAUCAUCGUACUGAUGGCAUGGUCCAGUAACAUACAGGAUGUGCUCCGUGUGCUGUCUCUGUCCAGGCUCAACAGGCUGAUACGCAUCUACAAAUUACCUAUCGCCUUCAAUUUUCUGGAUAAUCAAAUCUCAAGAUCCACUGAAAUCAUUACACAGCUAAAGUUUGCCGUGUACAUGACUGUGUGUACCCACUGGGCCGCGUGUGGGUGGUUCUUGGUGGCUUGUUCUUCGUUCUUUAUCGGUGCCUCUGAUUCUCACGUCUGCAGUGUGGGCAGCUGGGCCCAUCAUCUGGGGACAACCACUAACCACAGUGGUCUCCCCUACCAAUACGUGGUCUCCCUCUACUGGGCUGCGGCCACGACCACCACCGUCGGCUAUGGAGAUAUCUCAGCACGCACUGACCUAGAGAGAAUCUACGCCAUCUUUAUCAUGAUUGUGGGGGUGCUUGCCUAUGGUUACAUUAUCGCCAGUGUGGCUGCUGGUCUGACCAAUGCUGACUCUGGUAGGGCUCAGUAUCAAGAGAAACUUAAUGCUGUCAAGUCUUAUAUGAGUGACCAAGGAUUAGACUCUUCCAUUACCAAGAGAGUUACGAACUACUAUGAGUACAUCUGGCAGAGGAACAAGGGAGUUAGUUUUAGCUCACUGUUCCAAGGCAUACCCAAGUCCCUGCAGGCUGACAUUUCACUCAGUCUCUACAAGAACAUCCUCGACCAGGUGCCCCUGUUCCAGAACACUGAGAUAGGGUUCACGAAGCUCUUGGCACUCUCCAUUCAACCAGCACUGUUCUUGAGGAAUGAAUACAUCGUAAGGAAGGGAGACAUUGGCAGUGAAAUGUUUUUUAUCAACCGAGGUACAGUGGACGUGGUGAGUGAGGAUGGGACGGUGGUGUUUGCCUCCAUGGGAGAGGGACAGUUCUUUGGGGAGAUCAGUCUCGUCUUCAGCUGUCCCAGAACUGCCUCCAUCAGGGCUGGUACCAACUGUGACGUCUUUGUACUGACCAAGUCGGACCUGGACAAUGCUCUCCAGUACUACCCUCACAUUGCCGACCAUAUCCAGGAGGUGGCCAACAACAGAGCCAACCUCAUCAUGAAGAGGAGUCAGAUUGCAAAGAUGGCUGCUGCUGAGGGCAGUGGUGCGGUGAAGAAGGCUGCCAAGGGGACCAAGGACAAGGAAGUGGAACCAUCAGUCGGAAGUGCGGGGGAGAGCACCACUUCCCACGGAGAUAUAUCUGUGGAGGAAAUAGAAGAGGAAGAAGCUGAGCCUCCCCAGCCCUCAUGCAUUGUGACGUUCUGUAAGCCUCUCCUCAAGACACUACUCAUAUUCAUCCUUCCUGGGGACGGACUGUUUGGAACCAUCUUCCACUUACUCGGCUGUAUCCUCUCAUAUUGCAGCUUCUUCAUCAUCAGCUAUCAGGCUGCUUUCCAGAGCAAUGAGUUAGGUCUGUGGAUCAUCAAUUACAUGUUUGAAGUUUAUUUCCUUGUUGAGAUCUUCCUCAAGUUCCACAUCUCUUACAAGGACUCCAACUCAAACACUGUCUCAGACCUCAAGUCCAUCGCCCUCCGCUACCUCAAGGAUCCCAGGGGCUUUCUUCUAGACUUUGCCGCCAUUCUGCCCUAUGAGCUGAUUGGUGUCUUCAUCCCCGACCCCUCCACACACCUAAUUGCAGUCCUCUACCUGAGAACACCACACAUCAUGCGAGUGAUCCGUAUUCAGUGGUUCUUCUCAGCAGAGGAGAAGAAACUUAACCAAAGGACUCUUCUGCUGAGGGUGCUCAAGUUCAUUGCAUUGAUCACUCUCUGCACACACUUUGUUGCCUGCGUCUGGUUUGUUUUGGGCUGUCCAGCCGGGACCUGUCAACCCAAUACGUGGGCUGGGGCCACCUCCAUGGACCUGGCUGCAGACAAAUACUGCAACUCCCUCUACUGGGCAGUGACUACUAUGACCACCACAGGAUAUGGAGACUUUCUGGCCACUAAUGCUCUGGAGAUGAUCUAUGCCAGCAUGGUGAUGGUGUUAGGCAAGCUGUUGUUUGGGUUCAUCUUGGGUUCCAUUGUCUCCACCCUGGCCAACUUGGACACUCAGAGGGUGCUCUAUGGGGAGAAACUGACUGCACUGAAGGACUAUAUGAAGGAGCAGCACUUGUCCUCAGUGAUGCAUCGCCGAGUACUCAGAUUCUUUGACUACUUGUGGGCUCGGAACAAGGGCGCGGACCAACGAACCCUCCUCUCUGAUAUGCCCUACUGUAUGCAGGCUGAAGUCUCCCUAGCCAUCACAGAAUUUCUGCUUAAGACUGAACCAUUAUUUGCCGAUGCUGACGAUGCGUUCCUUCGUCACCUGGCCCUGAUCAUAAAGCCAUGCAUCUUCCUGCCUGGAGAGUUCAUAGUACACAAGGGGGACGUCGGUCUCAGCAUGUUCCUGCUAUUUCAUGGACAGGUUGAGGUGAUAGACGUGGCGGACCCUGAUCAAGUGAAGGAGGUCCUCACUGAGGGAGGCAGCUUCGGUCAGGAGAGCCUCCUCUACAACAUUCCCAUGGAGUCAUCUGUUAGAGCUAUCACACACCUCGAAAUAUUCACGAUUGGACAGGCCGACUUUGAACAUGUCUUAAAUGACCAUCAGAACAUGAAGAACAUGAUUAAUGAAGUGGCUCAGAGGGUGUACAGCAAGCCCAUUGAUUUGGGCAACACUCGAUAGAGAGAGGGAACUUUGAACAUGCAAUCACUCUUUGAGUGUACCAUGCCACCUCCACUGUAUUACUUAUCCUUAUAAUUAAAUACUCUAUACCCAACCUAGCUGUAUAUAGUGUGCAUAUUAUCGAUCAACACUUCCAUCAUUAUUAAGUUUCUUUGUUCAAAGUC